CAAAGUAUUACGCCUGUUUUACACCAUCUUUCGCAUCUUGUGUAUUCGUGUCCUGUGUAUUCAAAGACUGAGUGGAAUUAUUAAGGGUUAAUGUAAUUAUGCUUAGCUUUUUCUUUCCAUUUUGUUUCUUGUGAAGUCUGGUUUCGUAUGGUUUCUGUGAAACUCUACUACGGUAAUUGUUUGGGAAAUUCUGAGGAUAUAUAUGUUGGAAAUUUGACUAUCAAUGUACCUGAUAUUACAAGGAAUAUCACAUUGUUUGCACUCAUGGCGGAUUUCGUAAAGGGAUGGAAAUCUAUGAUGCGCUUUACAUGAUGAUGGUUGUAGGUUUACUUCUGUUCUUUCAAAGCAUUGAUCAUUCCGGAGCUGCCUUUAAAGCUCGUGCACGCCGAAGGUCACCCAGGAGGAAAGCUGUGACUUAUAUGGAUGCACCAGCAGUGGAAGACAACACCAGGUGUAAAUUCAGUCAGCCAUGGGAUAAUAUGUUGGGGGGGUGUUAUUUGUUAACCAAAAAAGCGUUUACAUGGAACGAGGCUAGCAAAGUGUGCAAAGAUCUGGAUGAACAAGCGGAUUUCGGGGCAUUGUGGACCGCAAAAGACACCGCAUUCCUGGCUAAAUUGGCCGCAAAGCAGAAAAUCUCAAGCUUUUUCGUUAACGGAAAAUAUUCUCAAGAUGUUGGUGAAUUUCGCUGGCAGUUCAAUCGUCCAUUUGUAAAAGAGGAUACGCCAUGGGAUACUGGUGAGCCCAAGAUGCCGGACACGAAUCGCGUCUUAGUGUUCAAUGCCGACGGUCGCGGACGUGGUGCACUGGCGACCGACGCGCCUACCGGAUCGACACGUCCCAUUCUCUGCAAACGUCCGGCCAUCGGUUUCCGGCGGAGAACAGCAACGGAAAUGGGGGACCAUUCAGCUGAAUUAUCCAAAGUGCCUGUGGGAUGGCGAUCGGCGCAGGGCAGAGCCGGCAGUCUACAACCGGAAGAGGACGUCAACCGUGGACAAGUAACACAAGGGGCGGCUAUUGUGACCAGAAGUCUUCCACCGCCGAUCUCACAGGACAGGAUAUUCAAAGAGAAUCCCAGUCAUUUUGUCCCGGUGAUGCCAAGCGAUAUCGGUGACCGGUACUCAAAGCACACCGAAGUGAGCGCGAUUGUGCCGGUGGAUGUAGUGGACAUGGUUAAAGCACGCGAGGAUAAACUGAACGAGCUCUUUGGGAGAUCCACAUUGCGACUAAAGGAGUACAUGAAUUUUUACCCGGAGGAUUAUCGCUACCCUGCGACGGAGUACCAGCGAAUGGCUCACGUCUUGACCACGGAAUUGAUAGCGCAGGAUCAAAGGGAACGAAAGACUAAUGCUCCCUACGAAACUGCCAAAUUGUUAACGAUGGAGCUGUUUAAAAGAGGAAAAUCCAUUCAGUGUUACUUUGGCGAUGAACCGGAAACAUUGGAUAAUCGCCAAGUGGAGUGCAUCGCCACGGCGGGCGUAGUAGAAUCGUGUAUAAAACAAACAUUGUUGACAGGGAAGAUAAUCCGCGGAUGCAGUCUGCCGGGUAACAACCAUCACAGUUAUUACCGGUCCGGCUGUCAAAAAACUACGAGUGGUGAAAUAUGUUACUGUGUGCGGGAUUUGUGCAAUCGAGCCAAUACUUUCUCUGUGCAAGUUUCGUCUCUAUUGUUUGUUAUGUUUUACAGUUUGUUGUUGAUUUUCUAUAAUUUUUAUACUGCAGCCUUUAGAUUCUGUCCAUUCGGUUUAGCCUAGACAAUUAAAAGAGGUUAUGUACAAUAAUAUGUUGUGUUUUGUGUACUGAUACAUUGUUAAUGAAUGC